AAAUCAGUUAAAAAUCUGGGCGUGAUUUUUGACUCUGAGCUCACUUUUAUUCCUCAUAUUACAAACAUAACAAAGAUCUGUUUUUACCAUCUUAAGAACAUAGCCAGAGUCCGCCCGUUUCUCUCUCAGGCUAGUACGGCGGUGCUGAUGCAUGCUUUUAUCUCAUGUCGUUUAGAUUAUUGUAAUGCCCUGCUCUCUGGUCUUCCUAAAAAGAGUAUUAAGAACCUACAAUUAUUACAGAAUUCAGCCGCACGCGUGCUGACGAGGACCAGAGGGCGGGAGCACAUUACACCUGUUUUAAAAUCGCUGCAUUGGCUCCCCGUGCGCUUCAGGAUCGAUUUUAAGGUUCUUUUACUGGUUUUUAAGUGUCUUAAUGGUCUUGGGCCUUCUUAUUUGUCUGCACUACUUUUACCCUAUCGACCCUCACGGACCCUGAGGUCCUCCGGUGCUGGCCUUUUAACCAUACCAAAAGUUAGAACUAGGACACACGGGGAGGCGGCAUUCAGUUUUUAUGGUCCCCGAUUGUGGAACAGCCUCCCGGAGAACCUCAGGGCCGCAGAGACUGUUGAUGUUUUUAAAAAGAGGCUCAAGUCCCAUCUCUUUAAUCAGGCUUUUAAAAUGUCGACCAUAACUCGACAGUGUCUGCAGCUGCACAGAGCCUUAUAA